CCUCGACCACCUGCGAACACGACGAGCCAUUGCACAGCACACGCCGCAGGCUCCACACACACCAUGCAGCCCACACUCCGCAGGAUGGGUCCGCCCAAGUACGCUGAGAUGCCGAAUCACCCCAUCAAGAUCCACCCCGUCCGCCCGUUCUACAGAUUCAUGGCCACCGGCCUCGGCGCCUCCAUGUGGUUCUUCUUGAUGUACCGCGCGAAGAAGGACGGCCCGGCCCUGCUCGGCUGGAAGCACCCCUGGGACCACUGAACAAUGAUCGAAUAGGACAGGGCAGAGGGAGACGGGGAAUUGGCAUAGAAGCUUGGAGGCACGGGUCAGGGGCAUUGUACAUAGGCCCGUACAAGACUACAGAUGUGGAAGAUGACGCACAAUAACCCAGCGAAAGAAUGCAAAGUAAAAUCACAAGCCCAACGCGCUUCUUCAAAAUCAUUGCUUUCAUAUCGGCCAAUACAACAACUCUGCCAGGA